GUACUUUAAUAGCUCAAAUCAUCUCUCUUUAGUCUUUAUCUUGGGAAAUCUUUUCACAUAGUAUUUUCCACUUAAAGCACAAAGCAUUCACUUUCCAUAAACAACCUCUUUUCCCCCUUUCAGUUCCCAUACCCUUUCGGAGCAAGCAAGAGAAAGAGAUCGAGAGAAAGAGAGAUGGAGUUGUCAUAUGAAGAAGAAUUAGUUUCUUCUUGUGAUCCCGUAUUUUCAGAUGUUGAAUUCAGAAAACCGAAAGAGAUUAUGCUAAAAGAUGAAGGAGAAGAUGAAGAAAGAGAUAUCGGUCAAGAAGAAGAAGAAGAAGAAAGAAAGACAAAAGCUUGUGAUGGUGUUGACGAAUCAAGAUUGAAUCAAGAACUCAAUCUUUUAGACAGUUUAAACAUGGGUAAUUCAUCAGAAAGUACAACCCCACAAGCAUCAGAUACAACUGAGCCUAGGGUUUUUUCCUGCAACUACUGCCAAAGAAAGUUCUACAGCUCACAAGCACUAGGUGGUCACCAAAAUGCCCAUAAAAGAGAGAGAAAUCUUGCAAAAAGAGGCCAAAGAAUGGGGUUCCUAUCAGGUCCCAUGAUUUCAGCAGCUGCAGCUUUUGGCCAUACAUAUAUGCAGCAGCAGCAACACCAGGAUCAAAACUACUGUUCUAGCCUUUCAUCGCUUCCUCUCCAUGGAUAUAACAACAACAGAUCACUUGGAAUUCAGGUACACUCAAUGAUCCACAAGCCUUCUAAUUCCAUGUUUUCGAGUUCGGCUUCGGGGUUCAAGAGCUUUUAUGGAUCAAAAGGAUGGCCAUCUAGACCUCAUGUUGAUCAGCAACCAGCUAUAGGGAAGCUUAGUUCAGCAAGCUACGCCUCAAGUUUGGCGGCAGCUCCAUCAUCCCAUGGCGGUGUUGGGAGGUUUGAGGUAGUUAGGACAGGAAUGAGUUCAACCGGUAAGGAUGAGAUUGGUGGUCUAUGGUGGCCGGAGUUGAAGACUAAUCAAGAUGAGUCCCAAAAACUUGACUUGUCCCUCAAGCUCUAAUCAGUUUCCCCAAUUCAAUUACAUAUAAUAUUUUUUUUUUCCUUUUUAAUCCUUCUGGGUCGAGAAUCAUUUAUACUUAUGGUUUUUUGUUUAACUUUAUUUUUUGAAAAUUGAAAAUAGUGUGUAUAUUUUAGAUCUUGGAAAGAUUGAUUUCAGAUAUUGGUUAUAUAUUUAUUAAUUUCGAUCA